GCUAGCCUUGUGAACAUGCUCACUGAGGAGACUGAGGAUUACACUUUGAUGGUGAUGGCCACUUCUCUGUCCAGAGAGUUCACUGAUGGAUGACUACGGCGAGAUUAAAUGGGACAGGGAAAGCUUCCUUGACGAGCUUGAUGACUUAUAUUUGAACCACUCUGAUGAUGAUUACAAUUGUUGCAAGGGCGACCUAGAAGACGGCAUGCAUUUUGAGGCGAUGUUCAUCCCAGUUCUGUACUCUGUGGCAUUUGUUGUGGGUGUCCUGGGUAACGGAGUGCUGCUGGGAGUUCUGGUUCAGAGCAGGAGGACCUGGAGUGUGACAGACAUCUUCAUUCUCCAUCUGGGUGUGGCAGAUGUCCUGCUGCUGGUGACGCUACCCCUCUGGGCUGCACAGUCCAUUCAAGACAGAGGAUGGACCUUUGGCACUCCUCUCUGUAAGAUCACUGGAGCUGUUUUUACGAUCAGCUUCUACUGUGGGAUCUUUCUGCUGGUCUGCAUCAGUCUGGACCGGUACCUGUCUAUCGUCCACGCCACCCAGAUGUAUUCCCGCAGAAAGCCCUGGAUCGUUCAGGUCAGCUGCUUGGCAGUGUGGCUCUUCUCCCUGCUCCUCUCGAUCCCAGACUGGAUCUUUUUGGACGCUGUGGUGGAUGUAAGACGACAAAAAACAGAGUGCGUUUCCAACUACUUUGACUUCAACUCUGAGUCAGUAAAUAACUGGAGACUGGCAUCACGCCUGCUCUACCACACGGUGGGCUUCCUGCUGCCUUCAGCCAUCCUGAUCUUCUGCUACUCCUGCACCCUGCUUCGGCUGCGGUGCGGCUCCCAGGGCCUCCAAAAGCAGAAAGAUUUUAAGGUCAUUGUGGCCGUGGUGGUGGUUUUCUUUCUCUGCUGGACGCCAUACAACAUCACACUCAUGGUGGACUCACUUCAUUCCAACAACAUCAGCAGGGACAGCGGAGUCAGAACAUUUCUGGAGAAAGCCAAGAUAGUCACCUCCUCCGUCGGUUACCUCCGCUGCAGCUUCAAUCCCAUCCUGUAUGCCUUUGUGGGUGUGAAGUUCCGGCGUCAGCUCCUGGACAUCCUGAGGUCUCUGGGCUGCAAGCUAAAUUCUAAUCAACCCUAACCCUAAUGAAUCCCAAUUCUCCCCCUUACCCCUUCCCCUUCGUCUUACCCCUAGCCCUUGUCCCCUGAAUCAAGUGGCAAGGGCUAGGGGUGAAAACUUACCCCUAUGAAAUGGGACACCACUUGGUUACGGUUAUGUCACCAUACAGUAUUGAUCACAAACUUCCAAGAUGCCGUCUACAAGUGUGUGUAUGUCUAUUGCAUGUAUAUAUUUUAUAUAGUUAUUUUAUGUUCACUUUGGUGGUGCAGAUGUUCUUAUCUGUGUACUACUUAGAUUUGUUAGCAAUACAUAUUUUUAAACACACUGCAUGGGGUGUGUUGUAUAUCUGUUUCAGUUAUCACUGUUUUGAAUGUCAUUGAUGUUCAGAAACACUUUCUUUGUUAAUAAAGAUAUGUCUUUAUUGCCCAAUAAAGUAAACACAAAAGGCAAAAACAUUAUAUAAAAAUGCAUUGUUACAGAACCAUUAUCAACUAUUAAAACCAUAACUUACAUGUCACACACACAUAUAAAAAGGCACUCAAAUGUAUAAAACUCAAAAUCCAGUAACCUUUCACCCCUGUAUCAUAACCAACAACAAUGUACAGGUAGGCUACAUGAACAGGUUUGCAUUACAAAUGAUUACAUUAAUACAGUACCAAUACAAUAAUGAAUGGCUACAACAUGAACGCAUGACUCACUCCCAUAGUUGCUUUGCAGCAUAUUUUGAUUUUAGAAAUUUCUGCUCGUUUUCAGCCUGAAAGUGGAUCAGCUGUUGGGUUUCCUCCUGCAUCCCUGUGUGAUACAGGACGGUAGCCUAUAUGUAAAGCAUGUACCGAUGUCUCCAAAGCAAGUAGUGUUAUGCACUGAUAUCAAACGAAAUUCGCUGCUAAUGGAGUUUAGUUAACACUGUAGACAUGCAUGGAUGCAGUUCUUUCAAGGCAGAGAAAUGCGGGACUGUUGUGCAAAUAAGCAAUGUAACGUUAACGUUAUAUGUUAGCGUUAUAGGCUACGUUAGCGUUUAGCGCGUAUUAGCAGCAGGUUUGAUAUUCGCAGGAUAUUCGUUGUCGACCUACCCCCAGUGUUCGAAUUAUCUUUUUGUCUUUAAGGGGGUCUCUCUAUCUCAUAAAAAAAGUUGGCACACCCCGCACAUAGCCUAACAAGGCUAUACAUGAAGACAAUGACAGCUGCAAACUUGUAGCCUAUUGCAACAUUUACUCGUAUACUUUUUUUUACUCGUGUUCAUUUCCCAACACCUUUUCGCGGUACAUUUGUGUCGAGAAUGUUUUACAAGGGCUGUCAAUGAAGGAAUGCUUGUGGCUCUCGUCAUUUGGAGGAUCACAGAGCCAGAUGCCUAAUUGUUUAUCUGAGGCUAUGAUGGCUAAAAGUAGAUAUAUAGAGAAAGUAUAUCUACGUUAUAAAAAGUCAAUCGAAAAAAGUCAUAAAAAAUCCUAGUAUAGUGUGUUGGAAAAAAAAAGUGAUGAAAAGGUCAUAUAGUAGGCCUAAUCAUGUUAAAUAAUUGUGAUUUCAAUAUUGACCAAAAUAAUCGUGAUUAGGAUUUUUUCCAUAGCUAAUCAAGCCAAUUAAUUCCUCUCCCUAUAUAAUUCUCAAAAGAUGUAAGCAAAACAGAUUAAUAUAUAAGCAAAAACAGAUUAAUAUGUAAGCAAAACAGAUUAAUAUGUAGUCUAAGCAAGAUGUUGUUUUGGGGGGUUUUCAACACACACACACUAAGCAAUGAUAUAGUUUGCUUUUCAAAACACAGCUAUCUAAGUGAUUAUAUAGUUAUCCUGUUAAUACUGAUAACGUUAUAUAUGUUGUAAAGCAAGGAAUAAUAUGGAUUCUGCUAUUUCUUUGUUUUGGGGUUUUCAAUCCGACCUCGCGGUCAACAACAUGGAUUGUUCACAAACCAAAAAACAUGUUAUUUUUUUAAUCAUAACCAGUGUGUUUUCAACAUUGUUGCAACAGGACCCCUUAAAGGGCAAUCCUGAUAUUAUUUAGAGAAUGUCUAAACAUGUGAAAAAGAUAUACCUGGUAGAAUAGAGAAGGCUUUGAAACUACUGUUAGCCCAUGAUGUAAAUAAGUAAAAUUAAUUUAAAAAAAAUUUUUUAGAUAGCUAAAAGUUUU